AUGCAGAACGAACAGUUAAACGAAUUUACUCCAGCAGAGCAUAUUCAUCAGAUUCGCUCAUAUUUCGAUAUCAUAGACAAUGCAGUUCAAAUUGGUGACACUAAUAGAAAAUAUUCUGACGCAAAGAUUCCAUCACAACCUGGAAUUGCUAAAGAUAACACAUGGGUAACAUUCAAUCUCUCACCUCCUGGUGAAAAUAUGUUGGACCUUUACAAUACAUUCAUUACGUAUAAAAUGGAAGGUCAAUUUAUUGUAGAUAAAGAAAUUGGUUCAGGUUCCAAUAAAACAAACCCACCAGGAUUUUGGAUUGGUUUCGAUGACGCUUUCUAUGCAGUUGCUGGAUAUCAAAUCCUUGCAAAUGGUCGUAUCGUAUAUUCUCAAGACAACGCAAGAGAAGAAGCAUAUAUAACUUCAAACUCACAAACUACCGAACAAAUAAAGAAAGUAGAUGUUUUCUCAAAGACUCGACAUGAAGAUGUAUGGAGUCAUUCGGGAACAUGCAGAACAGGACAAAUUGUUAGUGGGCCGAUUACAGCAGGAAAAUCAUUUGAUUUUAAGCUUCGUUUAAGAAUUCCUGUUAGAAGAUUCCUUCCAUUAGAAGCUAUUCGAUUUAUUCCAGCUUUGCAGGAAACAUUCAGCUUAAAGUAA